AUGAUUAUCUUAAAUAGUCACAAAACGUGUCGAACGCAAUGGGAUCAUCCGACUACAACGGAUAUCCUACGAGAAAUUGAUCAAUUGAAUUAUAUCAAGUUUGCUGCAUAUAGAACGGCCAUUAAAAUGCGCAUUAUUCAGCAAAGAUUUGACAAGGUGGAAUUCUUAAGAUUAUUAAGCGUUUUUGAUCAGUUGGGCUAUGGUACUCAGCAAUCAAGUGAUGACGAUGAAGUCCAAGAUAUGAAUGUAUUAGAUUUAGAAAAUAUCUUGGUAAAGCUAUUUAGCCAGCCGACGUUGGCCAACGACAUAGAACUUGCAAAUCCGUUAUUAAGCACAGAUUUAGCCUUAAAUUUUGCACUUAAUAUUUUCGAUCGUGAUCGUAGUGGUAAAUUAAAAUUAACAGCGAUUAAAAUCUUUUUAACCGUCAUGUGCAAAGGCUACUUACGGGAUAAAUAUCAAUUUCUAUUCAAGCUGAUAGCCAACCGGGGUAAAUUUGCUAAUGCUGAAGGUUUAGAAUCCCUCCUAAGUCAAUUAAUGCAGAUUGUCAGCUAUAUUAAGGAAGAUCCGUCUUUUGGUGGUAUCCACAGUAUACAGAAUGCUGUCAAAAACUGCUAUGAUAAAGCUGCUCAUCCAUCGGUAAUAAAAGAAGAGGAAUUUACGCAAUGGGUUCUAGAAGAACCACAAACAAUUGUCUGGCUAUCGACAAUGGAAAGAGUCAUUGCGGCUGAAAAUGUUGUUCAUGAUGUUAAAUGUGGAAUCUGUAAAAAGACGCCAAUUGUUGGAUUACGAUUUAAAAGCUUGAAAAAGUUUAAUUUUGACAUCUGCCAGAACUGUUUUUUAUCUGGUAAAUCUGGUAAACACCAUAAAGCAGGCGAUCCAACUCAAGAAUAUUGUGUAGCGACAACUUCUAAGGAAGGAGUGAAAGAUUUCGCUAGAACCUUUCGUAAUAAAGUAACGAAAAGAUACAAAAGGAAAGCCGCAAAACCACGCUAUAUUUGUAUUGAAAAUUCAUCUUCCAUACUAGAGGAAACCGAACCACAAAAUGAUCAGGAAGAAUCAAGUCAGAAUCAGUCUACUAAUCCACCUGAUCAAUCUCAGAAUAGUACUUUUAGUCAAAAUGAUGCGAAUAGGGAUGGUAAUGAGACUGAAGAAGCAGAGGAAAGAGAAACUGCUAUUAUCGAUUCUAGUUUCAUAGCAAUGUAA